AUGAGAGAGGUAAUACUGGCUGUACAUGGAAUGACAUGUAGCGCUUGUGUUAAUACUCUUUCUACGCAGUUACGGGCUUUAUCAGGCGUAACGAAGUGUGACAUUAGCUUAGUGACUAAUGAAUGUCAGGUGGCAUACGGUAACGGAGUGACCACAGAUUCCAUCAGAGAGACGAUAGAGGACUGUGGGUUCGACUGCGAGGUGCUGCGGGACACGGAUAUCAUGACUGCGACUACGAAUGAAGGUUUACUGAGUGUACAGGGCAUGACGUGCGGGUCUUGCGUCUCUACAGUUACUAAACAAGUGGAAAGGAUCGAGGGUGUAGAAUCUGUGGUGGUCUCGUUAGUCACGGAAGAAUGCCAUGUCCUAUAUGACCCAUCCAAAACAACACUGGAAACCGUCAGAGAAACGAUUGAAGACUGUGGGUUUGAUUCUAGUAUUAUAAUAGAUGAUGUUGGAACGGCUGACAUAACUGAAAAAACCGUGGUCCUGAAAAUAACUAAGGAUCCUCAUAAUGUUGAGUCUCCGCUCGUACUUUCGUCGUUGAAUGAAAGGCUUCAAUAUCUAUUAGACCUAGGUGUCAGAUCAAUGGAAAUAUCCGAUGAAUUGCAUACAAUCACCCUUAAGUAUAAUAUCAACGAAAUCGGCAUUAGGGACUUGCUAGGUCACCUUAGAACUACUGGCUACGUAUUUACUGUGUUUUCUAAUUUAGAUAGUAUUACCCAAUUAAGACUACUAUCAAAAGAGGACGAAAUAAGAUUCUGGAAGAGAAACUCCAUAACCUCAACUUUUCUAGCCAUUACAUGCAUGUUAUUAUAUAUGAUUGUCCCCAUGAUGGCGCCAACACUUCUUCAGAACCACAUUUUCCCCUACAAGGAAACGUCAUUCAUUAAAGGUCUGUUUUAUAGAGAUAUUUUCGGCGUAAUAUUGGCAAGCUAUAUUCAGUUUGGCAUCGGGUCAUACUUCUAUAAAGCGGCAUGGUCCUCAUUCAAACACGGUUCAGGGACCAUGGAUACACUUGUUUGCGUCUCCACCACUUGUGCAUACACAUUUUCUGUGUUCUCUCUAGCGCAUAGUUUUCUCCAUCCCUCAGAUACAGGUAAAUUGCCAAGGAUUGUUUUCGAUACGUCAGCCAUGAUUAUUUCAUAUAUUUCUAUUGGGAAGUACCUAGAAACUUUAGCCAAAUCUCAAACAUCAACGGCACUUUCUAAGCUAAUCCAGUUAACCCCUUCUGUGUGUUCAAUUGUGUCUGAUGUAAACUUAAGCGAAACCACAGAAAUUCCUAUAGAAUUACUGCAAAUAAACGAUACAGUGGAGGUAAAACCGGGAAUGAAAAUUCCAGCAGAUGGCGUCAUUACAAGGGGGGAAUCUGAAAUCGACGAAUCCUUAGUGACUGGCGAGUCCAUUCUGGUACACAAGAACGAAGGUUCAUCGGUUAUUGCAGGUUCUAUUAAUGGAUCCGGUCAUUUCUAUUUCGAAGCCACGACGGUUGGAGAGGACACCAAGUUAGCAAAUAUUAUCAAGGUAAUGAAACAGGCGCAGUUAAGUAAGGCCCCUAUUCAGGGGUAUGCAGACUACUUGGCUUCUAUUUUCGUUCCAGUGAUUUUAAUCUUGGCGUUAUUAACUUUCUUCAUUUGGUGUGUCAUUCUGGGAACAUCAGCUAAUCCGCCCAUCGUUUUCAGCUCAAAUACCAAAGCCGAUAAUUUCUUUAUCUGCAUGCAAACUGCUACAUCUGUUGUUAUCGUUGCGUGCCCGUGUGCAUUGGGGCUUGCCACGCCGACUGCUAUAAUGGUAGGUACAGGAGUCGCAGCUCAGAAUGGAGUCUUAAUAAAAGGCGGAGAAGUAUUGGAAAAAUUUAACAGCAUAACCACUUUUGUUUUUGAUAAAACAGGAACUUUAACUACAGGCUUUAUGGUUGUAAGGAAGUUUCUCAAAGAUUUGAGUGGAGUUGAGAAAUUAGAUGAAGACGAAGUGUUCGCCUGUAUUAAAGCAACAGAAUCCAUUAGUGACCAUCCAGUUUCAAAGGCCAUAUACCGCUACUGUGAAAGUUUUCAUCGUAAGAAAGCUUUCAACGUCGUUCUCUUAGACAGCGAAUAUGUGAUUGGAAAGGGAAUUAUAUCAAAAUGUGAAGUGAAUGGAAACACUUAUGACAUUCUUAUUGGUAAUGAGACAUUAAUUCCCGAAGAAAUUUUAAAGAAAUCCAAAAUUAAUCACAACGAUUUGGACCAAGGAAAUACAGUUUCGUAUAUCUGCGUUAAUACUUACGUGUUCGGUCUAUUUGAGAUUAAUGAUGAAGUCAGACAUGACUCUUAUGAAACAGUACAAUAUCUGCAAAGAAACGGCUAUGAAACCUAUAUGAUAACUGGUGAUAAUUCUUCAGCUGCAAAGAGAGUGGCUGAAGAGGUAGGUAUAAGUCUUCAAAAUGUUUAUAGCAAUGUUUCACCUACGGGCAAGUGUGAUCUCGUGAAAAAAAUACAAGAAGAAGAAGGAAAAAGUAAAGUUGCUGUUGUUGGUGAUGGGAUUAACGACGCACCUGCCUUGGCACUAAGUGACCUUGGUAUCGCAAUUUCUACCGGUACAGAAAUUGCCAUUGAAGCGGCCGACAUCGUUAUACUGUGCGAUAACGAUUCAAGUACUGAUGGAUUGAGAGGGCUUGUUAAUGCCAUUGAUAUUUCACUCAAAACAUUUAAAAGAAUUAAGCUGAAUCUAUUUUGGGCACUCUGCUACAAUGUAUUCAUGAUUCCAAUAGCAAUGGGAGUGCUGAUUCCCUGGGGUGUAACACUUCAUCCAAUGCUUGCCGGUUUGGCGAUGGCGUUUAGUUCAGUCAGUGUCGUACUCAGUUCAUUGAGGUUGAAGAAGUGGUCUCCCCCGGAUUUUAAAUCUCAUGGAACUUUAGAUUCUAAAUCUAAAUUCUCGAUUGCGAAUUUCUGGUCAAGACUUUUCUCUGGUCGGGCUGCUCCAAGUAGGCAAGACAUGGAAUCACAGGCUGGGUUGAUGUCGAAUGAAGAAAGUUUCGUAAGUAAUUGA